GUAUAAAAUAGGAUCUCCUCUCUUGCUCACUCACUCUCACUCUGAACACUGGAGGAGCAAAGAUCAGCAUCUUCACACUCAGCAUCUCUUGGUCCAUGGCAACAACCGCAGUCAUGAAUGUAUGUGUCUGUUUGUGUGUUCUCCUGGCUGCUUUGUCCAGCAGUUCGCUGAGUCUGCCCUCUCCGUCCAUGUCACAGAGAGCCGAGGGUGAGGCUCUCGUGUCGGACAGCCUGCCUCCCCCCUCGUCCCUCCACACGCGCCAGGCCCUCUCGGCCCCCGCGGCCCCCUCAGGCCGCCUCGCCAGCUACGACCAACUCCGGGAGGAGGCAAGCGCUCGGAACAGCCUGAGCCAGCUGCUGGCCAGACUGGUCUCCAGCAAAGGCUCCCCCUACGAGGUCAGAUCCUCCCUCAGCAGCAGAGCCAGUGGUCCGGCCCCCGUCCACCGGAUAAAGGACAGAGACUACCAGGGCUGGAUGGACUUUGGAAGACGCAGCGCAGAGGAGAACGAAUAUCCCUCCUAGAGGCCCGGCUUUGCCUCGCUGAAAACCUCACAACCCCCCCCCCCCCCCCUUAUCACCGACCAAUAAAAAUAAAAUAAUGAGCCCUUUUCACACUGCACUUACUGUAACCAAGCGCUGACGUGGCAGGACCCCUGAGUUUAUCAUCAUGGUGUGUGAAUGGAGAGAGAAGGUGGGAUGGGGGGGGGGGGGGGGGGGGGUCCUGCAGACUGUGGACACUGGAUCUCCAUGCUGAGGUAAAGGAGCACUUCUCAAACCGCUCCCCGUCACAAUCGUAUUCGAUCACAAAUGUUACAAAGAACGCUCGAUAUUAUUCAACAUGUUUGUUAUUGUCAUGAAAUCCAAUACAAGAUUUAUAACCAACAGUGCUCGCGAGUUCUUUUCCCAAUAUUUUCUGACUCCUUUUGUUCCAAUUAAAAAACAAAAAUCAUUAAAAAAAAACAGCUCACAAACGAAUGGUUUGAUUCUUACAAAGGCUCAAGUCACCCUUUAAUCACGAGGGAAUCAGAAUCUCAAAAGGAAGCGGCAGUGCUCAUCUUAAUGGACGAGCUCGUCACACUCGCUGACAGGUUUGUAACGUUGUGGCACGGAGGACACACACAUCAUUUGAUCAUCAUGUGAUCCUCUAAAAACAGAAAACUAAAUAAAUAAAUUGGUUUAUUUUACCAAACCUCUGCUUUAAGACCAACAGAAUCAAACUGGAGGCUUUGUUCUCAGCCCAGCAGGUCUUAGGAAACAGGAAAGAGGAAAAAAAGACUAUCCUUUAAAAUAACUUUUAUCCCUAUUUCCUUACUGACAUUUCACUUAUGACUUUAAU